CAUUCACAAUCACAAUAGUAGUAGUGUACACCUUCUUCACGAUUCCCUCAUUCAACUACAUUACAUACACUUCAACCCCACACACUUUUCACACACUCGUAUAUAUACUCCAACAAUGUAAUUCCCUCUCUCUCACACACUCACAUAUACAUACACAUAUACGUACAAAUAUACACGCAAAUUUCCGUUAUGAACUCCAUCAUGUUACCGGCAACCUGUACUUCCGGUACCCUAAUUGAUCGCCGGUUACCGUUUACAUCUCCACAAGCUACCAGCUCUCACCGGCGGCCAGUUUCGUCUCUACGGUUUCCCGAUCCCGAUCAUAGCCGUUUGCCAGCUGUUCGUUCCGUUUCUGCUCAUACUGCUAAUAAUUUCACAACCUCAAGUGAUGGAACAUACACAGUUGCUGAUUUUAUGACCAAAAAGGCAAACUUACUUGUAGUCGAAGCAUCAACAACGGUUGACAAGGCAUUAGAGAUUCUUGUGGAGAAAAGAAUUACAGGAUUUCCGGUGGUUGACGGUGAUUGGAAUUUGGUUGGUGUUGUUUCAGAUUAUGACUUGUUAGCACUUGAUUCAAUUUCAGGUGGUAAUCAUAGUGACACCGUUCUGUUUCCUGAUGUUGAUAGUACCUGGAAAACGUUCAAUGAGAUACAAAAACUUCUUGGUAAAACUGAUGGGAAAGUUGUGGGAGACUUGAUGACACCUUCUCCGCUUGUUGUUCAAGAAACCACAAACCUUGAAGAAGCAGUGAGGUUGUUGCUUGAAACAAAAUAUCGUCGGCUUCCAGUAGUUGAUGUUGAUGGCAAGCUGGUUGGACUUAUUACAAGGGGUGAUGUUGUUAGAGCCGCUCUUAAGAUUAAACAUGCUAUAAAAAAGAUGCAAUUAUCGCAAGACUGAAAUGUCAAAAAUCAUUUAAAGGUUACUCAUGCUUAUAGAGUUGUAGUUGCGGUUGUGGCUUUGACGACAGUAAGAUGGGGAAUGCUUUACUGUAAAUAUAUGAUUUUGAGGAUAUAAAAUACAUGUUGGACAAAUUUGUUUGUUCAAGGCAAGUCUGAAUCCUUAAUUAAUGCUAGUACUACAGCAAUGCCUGUAUCGAGCAACAAAUAUAAGAACCCAUACGACGCUUAUCACAUGUCAUAAAACCAAACCAACUAUAUUGACUAAAAAUUGAUAGACAAUUGUACACCAAAAACAGGUUGGGCAUACUGCAAUGCUAUCUUUUAUAUAUCAUUUUUUGUCGGUCAUUUCAUUGUAUUUAUUGUCAUGUGAUGUUCUUCCGGUUAAUUGCCAUUCAGUAGACAUGGCCAUAUUAAUGUAUUUGUGGC